AUGCCCGCGCCGAAGCGCGCCGGCUCGGUGACGCGCAAGCGGCCGUCCGGGAAGGCCGCCGCCGGGGCGUCGCCAACGCGCAGUCCCUCGAGCCUCAAACAGCGGGAGAGAGCCCUGGAAGCAAAGGAGUCCAGCAAGGGCCGCACCGGCAAGCUCGGGGCGAAAAAAGCGAGUAGAAAGGCCUCGAGCAACCUCCGCGGCGCGACGGGGUAUGAGAGCGAUGCCGUGGUGACGCGCAACUCGGCCGCCGGGACCCCCGACGUCCCAAACAGCUACGACUCCGACGCGGGGGGCCUCAGUCCGAGCAGGUCCGCGUCCAUGACGCUCCCAGCCCGCUCCUCUUCGUCGACCAAACUGUCGAAGAAGGGUUCGUCCAGGAAAGCAGCGCCGACGUCGUCGCGGACGUCCCUGGCGGCCACGGGCGCGCUCGACGCGCCGGCUGCGGGGAAGGCGGGGUCGUCGCGCAAGCUGAAGAAGGCGUCGUCGUCGUCGAAGCGGCCGCUGGCGGCCACGGCGCCGGCGGGCGCGCUGCCGGGCGUCGAGUGGGGGGACGCGAAGAAGGUCGUCGAGGCGUACGAGGUGCUGUCGAACGAAGAGAGGCGGCGCAUCUACGACGUGUACGGCGUGGCGGGCCUGAAGUCCGGUCUGGAGAUCACCACGCGCGACGACACCCUCGACGACAUCAAGCGGGAGUGGGAGCGCUUCCGGAUCGAGCGCGAGGAGGCCCGCCUGCGCCGCCAAGUGACCUCCAAGAGCGCGUUCAGCCUCCACGUGGACGCCACGCGCACCGUCCGGGGCGCACCGGUCGGCGGCGGCACCAGGCGCGAGCUGCCCUCGAUUCGCGCGCUCACGAUGUCGAGCUCGGCGUCGGUGCCCGCCGGCGCGUCCGGCGCGAUCAUCGCGGGCGGCUCGGGCGCGUUCCGUAGCGACGGCGCGGGACGCGGCAACUUCAGCGCGGGCCUCAAGCAGCAGCUGACGGCGCACGACAGCAUCGAGCUGGGCGCGACGCUCGGCAUGCGGACGAUGGUGACGGCGGCGUCGACGCGGCAGCUCUCCCCGCACGACACGGCGACGGUGCUCGUCACGUGGGAGCCCCCCGCGGAGUCGGGGGGGGGACUCUUGGCCGCGAUGGGCGUGGAGGACGAGCCAGGGCGGGGCUCGAUGGGCAUGGCGAUCACGUCGCAGCGGCAGCUCGGGGGCGGGUACAGCGGCGAGGCGAGCGCGGUGCUGGGCCCGGUGCCUGCGCUGAGCGUGGCGCUGGGGCGCGGGGACGAGGUGCAGGCGUGGCAGGCGCGCAUGGACCUGGGCACGAUGAUCGGCGUGUCAGGGGCGUACGUGCGCACGCUGUCGGCGUCCACCUCGAUGAAGCUGGAAGGCAAGCUGACGCUGGCCGGGGGCUCCGUGGACGCGAUCGCGGAGCAGCGCGUGACGGCCGCGACGUCCGCGGUCCUCGGCGUCAGCGUCGGCACCAAGGGCGUCACUUGGAAGCUCGGGGUCAAGCGCGGGGGCCACAGACUUACAAUCCCAAUCAAGUUUGUCGGCGACGACGUGGCUGAGCGCGUGGGCGACGGCGUGCUGUGCGCGCUGCUCCCGCCCGUCGUCGCAGCCGCGGGGUACUUCUGCUUCUGGCGGCCGUUCCGGGACCGCGUUGCGGCAGCGCGGCGCGCGCGGGCGCGGCAGGCGCACGCCGAGGAGGAGGCGGCGGCUGCCGCGAAGGUCGCGGCGGCGGCGGAGCUGCUGAUGCCGGUCACGCGGCGGGCGAUCCGCGAGGAGCUCGAGCGGCCAGGCGGCGCGGGCCUCGUGAUCCUGGAAGCGACGUACGGCGCGCACGCGGAAGCAGGCGAGGGGGAGCCCGGGCCCGGAGACGACGGCGAGGCCGGGGCCGCGGCGACCGUGGACGUCACGGUCGCGACGCAGUACAUGAUCAGGGACGGGCGUCUCGCCAUAGCGUCCGGAGUGAAGAAGAGAGGGCUUUUCGGCUUUGCGGACCCCGCGCCGUACGAGGACAACAAGCGCCUGCGCGUGACGUACGCGUACCGCGGGGCCUUCUUCGAGGCCGACGUGGGCGACGAGGAGGCGCUCGACCUCCCCAGCGCGGCCCACAGGAUGCCGCCCGAGCGCACCGCGUCUGCGAAGCUCCUCCUCGACCUCGCCGUGGCGACCGCGCAGGCGCAGAUGCCGGUCGAGCGCGCCGACGCGCGGCGCGGGGAGGCCGGGCCGUCGGGCGCGGGCGGUCCGCGCGCGUCGGGCGCGUUUGGGUCCCCGGUGGUGUCUCAGGCCUCCAGUCCGACGAAAGAGACGUGGGGGUCUCCGGGGGCGGCGGCGCGGCUGCGGCGGCGCGCGGGGCGGUCGUGGCGGGACUUCAAGGCGCAGGGAGAGUCGGAUCUGGGCGACUGA